AUGACAUUAUUGCCAUUGUUAUUGUUCCUGGCUGCUGUAAUACCCUCAUCCCUUCUUCAAGUACUCAUUCAAGAUAUGAAUUUUGAGGAUCUGACCACCACUAGAGUGUCAGUCCAAGAAGAGAUUGUAAACAAGCACAACCAACUGAGAAGAAUGGUUUCUCCCCCUGGUAGUGACUUACUAAAGAUGCAAUGGAGCAAUAAAGCCCAAGUGAAUGCACAGUUAUUGGCAAGGCGGUGUUAUUACACACCCAGUCAUCAAGGAGACAGGACCACCAACGUAAGAUGUGGUGAGAAUGUCUUCAUGUCAUUUUAUGCUAUAUCAUGGUCUCGUGUAAUCCAAAGCUGGUAUGAUGAAGUUAAAGAUUUCACAUUUGGUUCAGGCCCAAGUACAACUGAUGCAUUAGUUGGAAACUAUACUCAGGUUGUUUGGAAUACAUCUUACCAAGUUGCAUGUGGAGUUGCUAAGUGCCCUUACCAAUUAUUGCGAUAUGUAUACAUUUGUCACUAUUGUCCUCUUGGUAAUAGUCUAAGAAGACAAUACAUUCCUUACACAGUGGGAGAACCAUGUGCCCUUUGUCCUGAUCACUGUGAAGAUGGACUGUGCACAAAUAGUUGUGAAUAUGAAGAUAACUAUUUUAACUGUGCAGUGUUGAAGACUUCAUUAACCUGUGGCUAUCCAAUAGUUAAUCAAAACUGCAAUGCUACAUGCAACUGUGAAGGCAAAAUACAUUAA